AUGCUUCCCUCACGGGCUGUCCGACCAGCUUUUCGAGCGCUAACAAGUCUUCGCCAUGCACCUAUAAGGCCUCAGUCGCUACCGAGAAGAUGCUAUUCCGACAAAAAUCCCGCCGCACCAGUCGCUGCCGCCGAGGAUGACCUCCCCGAUCAUCGAAAGUUGGGCGUUCAGCAGGAGCUCUUCACCACCUCCAUCUACAGCCCUGGAUCCCCAAUCUUCCUCCCCAAUGGAACACGAGUAUUCAAUAGACUGGUGGACUUCCUGCGGCGUCAAUACGUCCACUACGGUUUCGACGAGGUCAUCACGCCGAAUAUCUAUAAGAAAUCGUUGUGGGAGGUGUCGGGUCACUUGCAAAACUAUGCAGACGACAUGUAUACCGUCACCAGUCGCGCGCGAGCGCCCGAGCCCGCGGCUGCAAGUUGCUGUGGUGACAGAGAAGCGCCUCACGAAGGUGAAGGCGCCACCAGCCGGUUGGCAGAAGGCGAGGACGACGACUACGGUCUCAAGCCCAUGAAUUGCCCUGGCCACUGCCUCAUCUUCGCCUCCAAGAAGCACAGUUAUCGCGAUCUCCCUAUCCGCUACGCCGAUUUCAGCCCUCUUCACCGCAACGAGAUCUCGGGCGCUCUCAGCGGCCUCACUCGCGUGCGCCGUUUCCACCAGGAUGACGGCCACAUCUUUUGCCGACCUAUCCAGAUUAGGGAGGAAGUAUUCAAGACGUUGGAUUUUAUGAAGACGGUUUAUGGUGCGCUUGGAUUGGACUACUUUGACUUUGCGCUGUCUACGCGGCCGACGGAUCAUUAUAUUGGUACCGAUGCCGAGUGGGAGCGGGCAGAGUCACAGCUGCGCGGUGCUUUGGAGCAGGCCGGGCUGAAGUAUACGAUCAAGGAAGGAGACGGCGCGUUCUACGGUCCGAAGAUCGAUGUCAUGCUGCAUGAUUCUCAUGGAAAAUCCCACCAGGCUGGAACUAUUCAGCUUGACUUCCAGCUACCGCAAAGAUUCGAACUCGAGUACCACGCACCCGCGCCGGAGCUCGAGGCGCAAGGCGUGCCGCUGGAAACUGUUGAUCCCGCCCUGUUGGAAAACUACGGCCCUGUGACUCCCGUACUAGUCCACCGCGCUAUUCUUGGUUCUGUUGAGCGUCUGAUGGCACUCCUGAUCGAGGAGUACAAGGGCAAGUGGCCGUUCUGGCUGAACCCCCGCCAGGUCGCAGUCUUGACCCUGAACGACACGGAUCCUGUGGUACAAUGGGCAUCCGAGAUCAAGGAUGUUCUAACUGGCCACAAUCACAACAGCGGGAGACAGCCGAGCCCUACUGGCUUCGCAGUCGAUAUCGAUGCUAGCGCACGUUCGCUGCAGAAGAAGUUGGCGGAAGCUCAGAUGAAGCAAUACGGUAUUAUCGUUGUGGUGGGUAAGAAGAACGUUGAGAACGGAACUCUCACCGUGAACGAGCGGUCGUCUGGCAAAGACAAGCAGACCGGCAGCAAGGGACGGAACGACAUGAGCCCCGGAGACCUGCUCGAAAAGUUGAAAGAGAUGGUGGCGACGUACCAAUAG